CUUUCUUCAUAUUUGAUUUUUAAAUUUCUCAAGUAAUAUUUCUGUGAUAGUUUAUUACGAAUCUCAUUGAAGGAUUAACAUUUUUGUUCACUAUUAGAGUACUUUUUAAAUUUAGAAAUAUUGAAAUUAUUUAAUUACAGAUAAUAAUUAAUUAAUGUAGCAACAUUUUACCAUAAACGCAUUUGAGCUCAGCAAGUUAUAUAAAAUGAGUCUUAUUUUUAGCAGUAUAAUCUGGCAUAUUUUCAUGCAGUCCUCCCCUGCAAAUCGUUGUUGUUGAUUCCGGUGGAUUCGUCACGAUGGCCCAACUGACCUGAUUAUAUCCUCACCCAGUAUCCUUUACUGGUACAUCGCCACCUUAUCUAAUAACGCAUGCGGGGUUUCUAUUUUAUUUUUAUCUCUUAAAAAAGUCUUAUUUGUGUGUAAAACAAGUUUUGUCACUUCCCUGGUUGUUUGUAUUAUUUUUACAGCAAUCUAAGUAAAAUUGUAUAACAUAAUAAAACUUAGAAGUAUAUUUAAUCACAUGGUAGUUGUAAUGUUUUAUGAAAGGAUUUCUUUCAACGAAAAAAUAAAAUUGUGAGGGUCAUUUAAAGUCAACCCGGCUCGAUGGAAUAGUGGCGAUGGCAAUUCGUGACUAUUUGAAAGUUGGCUUUAGUUUGAGCAUACUGUUGGUAUAACAGAAAUAAACGGCGUUGCUCAGUGCCUUGCGUUUGAUACUGCUGUUCGCUGCCGCGUAGUCAGUCUCGACCGACCCUAAUUACGUGCACAACUUUAUUUUUUAGUUGAUAGGAUUUUUUGUAGCGAUUUAGGUACAUUAUUAAAUUUGUUAUGGAAUUUAGGUGUAAAAGAUUAGCGGAGGGAAGAGGGAGUAUAGUAAAUUUAUAUUUAUUAUACUCUUGAGUUAUUGUCGAAUCAUAAAUGUGUUCCUAAUUAUAAGUAAUAUUAUCAACAACAAAUUCACGAUGAGAUUCGAUGGUAAAUAAAAGAAAGGUGUACCGAAUUUUUCCUGAAACAAUUAUCGUGAGAAUAAAUAUAUUAUUGUUUUUAAUAUCCUUUUUAAUUUACAUGAUUCUAUUUGGAAAGUAUCAAUAAGAAAUUGUCAUCCCUUAAAAUAGAACUGUAAUUCGAACGACUUUACGAUAAAUUUUAUAUAUUUAUUCAAAGUGAAGCGUAAAAAUGAAUUAAAAUAUAAGGCGUCACUGUUAAGCAUACUUCUUUAAGUUAGAAAUGUCUGUUUGAAUAACUGGAUUUUAUACAAAUACAAGUUAAUUGCAAUUGUUUAUUAAUAUAAUGUUAUUAUUGUUAAAGAUUCUGUGCAUUAAUUUACGUGUAAUCUUUAGUGACCAAUAUAAGAAUAACUUUUGAUAAAAUAUCAUUUUAUUGAUCUUGAUGAACUGUCCUGUGUUAAAUAAGAACGAAAAUAUGAAAAUUAACAAUGGAUUUACACAGACAAGGGACAACUUGUCCGAGGAGGAAAAAACCUCCUUGAUAAGUGGGAUGUUAGACUAUUAAAUAUAUAUGUAUAGGUCCAUAGCGACACGGAAGCUAUUAUAGUUUUACUUUAUCUUGUAUAGUCAACUUAUUGUACAUAAUUAUGAUGUGUAGUCCGGAAUUUUAAGAAAAAUAAGGCUUCACCUACCUUGCAGGUUGUUCACUUCACUGACGUCGACUUACUUUAUGUAAGUAAAUGCUUUCUUUUUUCUUUAUAUUUUUAUUUAUAAGCGCUGUAUCUUUAUAUAUAUAAGGGUCUAUAAUCUACAAAUAUUUUAUUAUCAUAAUUUAUAGGUAUUUUCAACUCAACACUUCUUAUCGCAAUUCUGUAAAUAAACUAUGUACUUGUUAUUAUGCAAUUUAGAAUGGAAAUGUUGACAAACUAUUUGAUGGAAAGUGGUAACCGUCGCCUAUAGACAUGAGUACUGACCAUGGACAUAAUAGAGUAUACUGUUUCGCCCAUGAUACUCCCCCUGCGUUGCCACUCCUGAGGACUCAGGUGUUAUUCCUCUGUGUUAAAUCACUGCUAUAUUCCACCCUUCAAACCGAAACACAUCCAUGCAACAACUGCUUUACGGUAGAAACACGAAUGGGACAGUGGUGCUCCAAGCAUAUGAUUUUUGUACAAAGUCUCCCUCUAGUUUUGUCUAUAGACACAAACUGCAACAUUGAGACAUUGAGUAAUUCGACGCACAUGUUAUUUUUCAGAAUGGAAAUUAUUGUUUCAUUUAAUUCAUUAUCAUAUAGUGAAGUUCUUAUUUUUAUUCACUAUUAUAAAACGUGAAAGUGAUUUUAAAAGCAAUCAAUUAAUAUUGUAUUCGGCAUUAUUUGUUAUUGAAAAUGAAAUAUAAAUUAUGAUUUCGAGGAUAAGAGCGAACGAAUAGAGACUUGAACGCAGCGUGAUAAAGUUUCUAUACGCUUGCAUUGUAGUUUUCGUAAAGUGACCCCCUACUAGAUGGAGUGAUGACAUUAAAUGCAUUGAUGGAUGUCAGUGGAUAAAGGUGGCUCAGGAGCGUUCCUUAUGGCAGUCUAUGGGGGAGGCCUAUAUUCAGCAGUGAAUAGUGGCUAAUAUGAUAAUAUGAAAUAUUCCAAACUUACUACUUUUCAUAUAUUCCCAUUCAGAGCUAGCAGACUAUCGGUUAGGUAUUAUGUCUCUAUAUUUUGUUAGUGGUGGGCACCUUGCUAUGCGUAAACAAGCAGAACCCGGGUAGGGCUCCAUUCCCUGUCGGGCUAUGUUACGAAAUGAGUUUUUCUGAUUCUGAAUCGGCACUUGUCUGGGUGUUCUAGGUUGUGUUCAGAUGUCCGGUGCUUGGUUUCUCAUAAUACCGAAUAAAGCUUGAGUAUUAAACGAUUGGUGUGAUUGCGGCACAUAGACUUAGUAAAACAUACCUACUAUGGAGACAGGGGGCGGGGUUAUUAUUGCAGACUACCAGUCUCAUUGCUAGCGAUAGGUCGACCUCCUCGUGGUCCCCCCCUGGAAACCAUCGUGUUGAAUUCCAGGUGUAUUCAUCACGAUAGGCUAACUGACCUACGUUUUAAUUCUCACCUAUCUUCCCUCUUUGGUGCCCUGCUAGUGUAUACCGUUAGCGCAGGCAGAGUUACGAUUUCAUUAUCAUCCAUUAAAAAAAACUACGGUAGCAAAUGUACUCAAAACUUGUACAAAGCCUCCACUCUGCUAACCUAAGUACUUUAUAUUAAAAAUAAAUAUAAAAGGCUAGAUAAAUAAAACAAAAGAAUAAAAAUAAACUACUGGCAAAACCCCCGUUAUGCGGGAGGUCUAUGUUCAGCAGGGGACAGUUAAAAGACAAAACAGUUAAAGACGGCUGAUAAGAGGAAAUAAAACAGGUCAUCACCUGAGAUGACCCGUAUUCACGACCCGAGCAUAAUGAUAUUAUUGUAAUAAAUAAAUCAUUAUCGAAUACUGAAUUCUUAUAAUACCUUGAUAAAAUUAUAUUCUGAUUGGUUGUUAUUUGACCUUUUUUUCUUUGCCUGUGUAUUGAAGUAAUUAUGGUCUCGUAAACCAUAGAUGUAGUAUAACGUAAGUCUAAUACAAACGCAAUACUUACCUAUUUAUUCGAAUACCUUGUCAAAUUAUUGUUGUUAACAAGUCACAUAAUUUGCACUCGGAUGAUAAUAUAUUUGAUUUAAAAUUAUCGUAUCUUAACCUUCAAUAUAAAAAAAAAAAACAGUAGUCACAUAUUUCACUUUUAAAUAUGGCCAGUGGUGAUACUUCGUUGCUUUCAAAACACAUGACUUUUUCAAAAUCAAAAUUACCACUCAUCGGGGCCUUAAUUGAUUAUAUGGACACCAGCCUUGAUUAUGUACGGCGGAAGACCUUCGCUCAAGCUGAGAAACUCCACGCCAAAGCCUCCAGAGCCACGCUCUCGGCGACUUUCAUGGCGGCUGUGUGUUUUGUUUUGGGAACAAUUUGCAAUGUUAAACUCGAAGUGGUGAAGUUUGAUGAAGAUCCACUUCCUAAUGAUCUCCACGUCAUGUUGAUGAGUAAAAAUGACAAAUUAUAUAUUGAUGAUAUUGACGUAUCAAAAAUUAUGUGGUGCAUUGAAGCGUCUGAUACACUCGUCAUGUUGAUCAGCUGUCUUCUUAUAUGGAAUUCGUCUAAUGUGAGGUCACCUCUCAGCGAGUACUUGUACUUACCAUGGUUGGGGGCUACUUUACGUGGCUUGUUCCUUCGUCAAGCGCCGACUGCGGGUGCCUUGCUCUAUACCAUGGCAGUCAUCAAUGGGAACGUAAACCUAUUGUUUUUGACUGCAUUUUCCUUUUUGUUCUUGCUAGAAGCCCGUCUCUGGCUGGAGAUCGCGAGGCUGGUGCGCUUGCGCUGGGAACGACGCGACUCCGUCACAGCGCGAAAUUCACAAUACGAGAUUGAAACCCUUUGGAGUAAUGAUGACAUUCAGAGCAUAGAAGUGCGUAAUUAUAUUUAUUAGAAUUGUAAAUGAAUUAGAAAAUAAUUUGUGACUGAAUCUAUUUAUUUUAUAUGAUGUUAUGUUUUGCGUUGUUAAAUUAAUAGUAUUCCUAUGAAGUUAUUUAUACCUAUUUGUGAAAAAAAAAUAAUAAAAAAAGGAGGUUUUUUAACAACUCAAAGGUUGUAUUUUUUGUUUGUUACCUCAUAACUCCGUCAGUUAUAAACCGAUUUAUAUCUUGUUUGUCUGCAAGAAUAUACU